UCGGUGUGUGGGCUGAGCUUUGAUGGAGGACCACAUGACGGGGCACAACAAGGUCAAGCGUUAUGAGUGCGACGUGUGUGGCAAGGCCUGGCAGAAGCCAAGCAUGCUGGAGGCCCACCGGUGGGUGCACACGAGAGAACGCCCCUUCGACUGCCCCACCUGUGGGAAAAGAUUUACAUGGUGGUCGGGGCUACACGAGCACCGGCUGGUGCACAGCAGCGAGCGGCACUUCAUCUGCUCCGACUGCGGCAAAGGCUUCAAGUCGUCGCUGCACCUGAAGAGGCACAGGCGCACCCACACCGGGGAGCAGCCCUACACCUGCAGCGACUGCGGCAAGGGCUUUACCUGCUCCAGCAACCUGCUGGAGCACCAGCGCACUCACACCAGCGAACGCCCCUACACCUGCGCCCAGUGCGGCAAGGGCUUUUCCCGCUCCAGUUACCUGCAGAAGCACCAGCGCACCCACACCAGCGAGCGCCCCUUCAGCUGUGCCCAGUGCGGCAAGGGCUUUUCCCGUACCGCCAACCUGCUGGUGCACCAGCGCACGCACACCGGCGAACGCCCCUACACCUGCGUCCAGUGCGGCAAGGACUUCAUCCAGUCCAGUCACCUGCUGGAGCACCAUCGCACCCACAGCAGCGAGCGCCCCUACACUUGCGCCCAGUGCGACAAAUGUUUCUCGCAGUGCAGCAGCCUGAUGAGGCACCAGCGCACCCACACCAGCGAGCGCCCCUACACCUGCGCCCAAUGCGGCAAGGGCUUCAUCCAGUCCAGUCUCCUGCGGCAGCAUCAGCGCACCCACACCGGCGAGCGCCCCUACACUUGCUCCCAGUGCGGCAAAGACUUCACCCUGUCCAGCAGUCUACUGAAGCACCAGCGCACCCACACCGGCGAGCGCCCCUACACCUGUGCCCAGUGCGGCAAGGGCUUCACCCGCUCCAGCAACAUGAUGCAGCACCAGCGCACCCACACCGGCGAGCGCCCCUACACCUGCGCCCAGUGCGGCAAGUGCUUCACCUAUUCCAGCAACCUGCGGGCGCACCAGCGCACCCACACCGGCGAGCGCCCCUACACCUGCGGCCAUUGCGGCAAGGGCUUUAGCCGCUCCGACAGCCUGCUGUCCCACCAGCGGUUAGUGAAGGUCAUGUUCACAAGCUUCUGCAGACUUCUGUAG